GCCGUCGGUCACGUGGCCCGCGGCCAGGGCUCUCGAAGGCGGAAGUGUCCCGAGGCGCAAGGAGGCCGCGGGAGCCCGCCGGCGGUGGCGCGACGGAGACCGGGCGCGUUUAAUAAGAAGAUCUCCUGACCAAGCCGAGAUGCAGAGCACCUCUAAUCAUCUGUGGCUUUUAUCUGAUAUUUUAGGCCAAGGAGCCACUGCAAAUGUCUUUCGUGGAAGGCAUAAGAAAACUGGUGACUUAUUUGCUAUCAAAGUAUUUAAUAACAUAAGCUUCCUUCGUCCAGUGGAUGUUCAGAUGAGAGAAUUUGAAGUAUUAAAAAAACUCAAUCACAAAAAUAUUGUCAAAUUAUUUGCUAUUGAAGAGGAGACGACAACAAGACAUAAAGUACUUAUUAUGGAAUUUUGUCCAUGCGGAAGUUUAUACACUGUUUUAGAAGAGCCAUCUAAUGCCUAUGGACUGCCAGAGUCUGAAUUUUUAAUUGUUUUGCGAGAUGUGGUGGGUGGAAUGAAUCAUCUCCGAGAGAAUGGCAUAGUGCACCGUGAUAUCAAGCCAGGAAACAUCAUGCGUGUUAUAGGGGAAGAUGGACAGUCAGUGUACAAACUCACAGAUUUUGGUGCAGCUAGAGAAUUAGAAGAUGAUGAGCAGUUUGUUUCUCUGUAUGGCACAGAAGAAUAUUUGCAUCCUGAUAUGUAUGAGAGAGCAGUGCUAAGAAAAGAUCAUCAGAAGAAGUAUGGAGCAACAGUUGAUCUUUGGAGCAUUGGGGUAACAUUUUACCAUGCCGCUACUGGAUCAUUGCCAUUUAGACCAUUUGAAGGGCCACGUAGGAAUAAGGAAGUGAUGUAUAAAAUCAUUACUGGAAAGCCUUCUGGUGCAAUAUCUGGAGUACAGAAAGCAGAAAAUGGACCAAUCGACUGGAGUGGAGACAUGCCUAUUUCUUGUAGUCUUUCUCGGGGUCUUCAAGUUCUACUAACCCCUGUUCUUGCAAACAUCCUUGAGGCAGAUCAGGAAAAGUGUUGGGGUUUUGACCAGUUUUUUGCAGAAACUAGUGAUAUACUUCAUCGGAUGAUAAUUCAUGUUUUUUCACUGCAACAAAUGACAGCUCAUAAGAUUUAUAUUCAUAGCUAUAAUACUGCUACUGUAUUCCAUGAACUGGUAUAUAAACAAACCAAAAUUAUUUCUGCAAAUCAAGAACUUAUAUAUGAAGGACGACGCUUAGUUAUAGAACCUGGACGACUGGCACAGCAUUUCCCUAAAACUACUGAGGAAAAUCCCAUCUUUGUAGUGAGUCGGGAACCUCUGACUACCAUAGGGUUGAUAUAUGAGAAAAUUUCACUCCCUAAAGUACAUCCACGUUAUGAUUUAGAUGGGGAUGCUAGCAUGGCUAAGGCAAUAACAGGAGUUGUGUGUUAUGCCUGUAAAAUUGCCAAUACCUUGCUGCUUUAUCAGGAAUUAAUGCGAAAGGGGAUACGAUGGUUGAUAGAAUUAGUUAAAGAUGAUUAUAAUGAAACUGUUCACAAAAAGACAGAAGUUGUGAUCACACUGGAUUUCUGCAUCAGAAACAUUGAAAAAACUGUGAAAGUAUAUGAAAAGUUGAUGAAGAUCAACCUGGAAGCAGCAGAGUUAGGUGAAAUUUCAGACAUACACACCAAAUUGUUGAGACUUUCCAGUUCUCAGGGAACAAUAGAAACCAGCCUUCAGGAUAUCGAGAGCAAAUUAUCUCCGGGUGGACUGCUGGCAGACACAUGGGCCCAUCAAGAAGGCACUCAUCCAAAAGAUAGACAUGUAGAGAAGCUACAAGUCCUGCUAAAUUGUAUUACAGAGAUUUACUAUCAGUUCAAGAAAGACAAAGCAGAACGUAGACUAGCUUAUAAUGAAGAACAGAUCCACAAAUUUGAUAAGCAAAAACUGUAUUACCAUGCAACAAAAGCUAUGACCCACUUUACAGAUGAAUGUGUGAAAAAAUAUGAGGUAUUUUUGGAUAAGUCAGAAGAAUGGAUGAGAAAGAUGCUUCAUCUUAGGAAACAGUUAUUAUCCCUAACUAAUCAGUGCUUUGAUAUUGAAGAAGAAGUCUCAAAGUAUCAAGACUAUACGAAUGAGUUACAAGAAACUUUGCCUCAAAAAAUGUUUGCAGCCUCCAGUGGAAUCAAACAUACCAUGACCCCAAUUUAUCCAUGUUCUAAUACGUUAGUGGAAAUGACUCUUGGUAUGAAGAAAUUAAAGGAAGAGAUGGAAGGAGUGGUUAAAGAACUUGCUGAAAAUAAUCAUAUUUUAGAAAGGUUUGGCUCUUUAACCAUGGAUGGUGGCCUUCGCAAUGUUGACUGUCUUUAGCUUUCUGGGAAGUUCGAGAACAGUUCUAGUUUGCACAAGAAAAUAAUGCUGAGACAUUCAUUAAAUGAGUGCCUCUCUAAGUGAUCUCUUAUUUCUACAAUUCAGUAUUUGAUGUGGUCAUGUAAAUAUGUACAGUAUUGUAAAUACACAAAAAAUAUAUAAAUUUUUGGCUGCUGUUAAGAUGUAAUUUUACCUUUUAACAUUUAUAAUUAUAUGAGGACACUUGACCUCAGUGAGCACUAGAAGAAAGCCAUGACCGAAAUGUUGAAAUACUGAUCCUCGACUCCUCUGAGUAAGGCUAACUGGGUUAUUUCUCUGACUGCCUACUGGAAACCGUGUUUUAAGUGGAACCAAAAUUGUCAUCCUUACAAAUCAGGAAAGACUGAUGGUGGACAGGUUUGUAAGUGAUAGGACGGAGAAGUGGCUUCUUUGGGUGAAGAGCAGAACCAAACCACUGUUUUACUAGGAUCACAAUUUUGGGGGAAGGAGAAAGUGACAUUUUUUCAUUUUACAAGGUGCCCAGUUCCCAGUUAUCCUCAUGUCUGUUUAAUUUCAGGUAAAUUAUUGAGCAAAAUUUUUAAAGUGAUUUAAUUAUCAAAAACUAUUUGUUUUGUUUUGGUCAUAAGUGUAGAACUGUCA